CUAACAAAUGUCGCGGGCGUUGAAUAAGCAAACUGAAAAUAAAAAUAUUAGAAUAAAUAUACAUUAAUUACAUGGAUCGACAUAUAAUUUUAACAUACAUUUUUAAAUUAACACUACUUAAAAAAGUUUUUUUUUUUUUGACAAGAGUUAAAAAAGUUAUUUAAAUGUUUAUUUAACGUUCUAAAGACGUUCGUAACAAGAUCCUUUAAAAUAUAUCAAUAAAGUACGCAUUAAUGACCGUUCAAAAAAUUCAAUUAAUGGAUAAAAUAUUAACAAAAACUAAACAAAGAAGCAAUGUCAAAUUAUCAUUGGUGUUAAAUAACCACAAAACUAAACUCAACUAAAAAAAAUCCAUGUUUCCAUUCAUCAGGUGGAAUUCUCAUUCUCUCUUCUCACUAUUUUCCCAGAUUCCGACAUAGUAAAUAUAAAAAAAAUCUCACCUUCAUCCAAUCAAAACCCGACAUCAAACCGCCACGUGUCAUCCUCCGAACUCUCUGAAGUCUCCUCCCUGUUUUUUAUCGGUCGGUAUAUCUUUCUUUCAAACUCUCCAUAUAAUCAAUACCAACAACAACUAAAUAAAUUUAUUCAUGUAAAUUAGAUCAAACCCCAUUUUUUCUUCGCCUACAUAUAUUUUUUUUGCUAUGGCGAGAUCGAAUGGGGUGAUGGUGGUGGAGUUGGUUUCCGACACGAUAACGAUGGCGGUGAUGAGCGGAACAAGAAAGCGGCAACGGCGACAACGACGGCGAGAAGAGACGGAAAAUGAAAUUGAAAAUAGUAAUGAAAAUGAUCCAAUGGAAGUGUUGGGUGAAGAUAUAAUGAUGAGAAUAAUGGGAUGUUUGGAUGCACGCAGCUUGGCACGCUCUCUUCUCGUGUCCCGCUCUUGGUUUUCGCUUGCUUCUUCUGAUUCUUUUUGGUCUCCCUUGUGUAAAAAGUUGUGGAUUGGGAAAGCGCAUAUACCCAGAUGGUCUAAAGUACCAGGAUUGUCAAAGUUAGCUUGUUAUUCCCGUGCAGUCACUGAUAGUAAGCGGAUCCGUAUUAUGAGGGAGGAUCUCUGCGACCAUUCCUGGGAUUUUCAUUUCACUGAGGCUGCCCCUGCUUAUUGGAAAAAUCUCGAUCCAUACUGGGGAGGUUCAGGCUCUCCAAUGCAUCGUUACUUCCAUGCUGAUGGGAGCCAGACUGCAGACCCUGACGACAAGGUUUGGGGUGGCCAUGAGUGUACUUACACAAUUGUUACCAGCAUUGUCGGAGAUGGAAAGAUCAGGGAAAACUAUGUCAGGAUAAAUCGUUGGCCUCGCUUGGCUGUGUCGAGGAGGGAUGACUGGGGUUGGGAGAUGUCCAAUGUUAUCUUCGCUUACUCAAGUGUCCCAGAUGCACACAAGGAUAGCGGGACUGGACCUAUGUUCUAACUUAUACAUACAGAGUUUUUCCCUGCAGUUUCUUUGUUUAGGAAUUGAAUUCAAAUGGCAUAAUUUAGGCCAAGUUUUUCUAGUGGUCCUAUGAUGCCAAUAGGUAAUAUUUACAGUUUUUCCUUGUUUCUUGAAUAAUUAAAAUUGCCUAUAAUAAGAGCUGGGUGGAGUAAUGUCUGAGUGUGAUCAGUUUGUAGUCUAAAUAAUAUGUAUACUUCUACUUAAUAGUUAUAGGUUUUGUGUUCCACUUUGCCAAUGUAUAUCAGAGGGUUGUGAUAAUGCUUAAUAUUCUACUUUUUUUUU